UUUAGUCUAUUCAAUAUUCAUAACCAGCUCCGGGGAAGAACGACUAAAAGAAAAUCUCAAGCGAAGCAAAACUAACAGAAACAGCAACAAAAGGGAAUAAUAAAAAUUAGGGUUUUGGGUUUUGACGCUAAGCAAAGAAAAAUGGAGGUUACAGAUGAAGGAGGAAUAGAGAGAGUUGUUGAUUCUAAAGACUUACAGCAACAAAGCAAAGCACUUGAUAAGCUCACUGACCGUGUUGAAGAUCGCCAGCUCGAUUCCACUCGCGUUCAAGAGGCUAUGGCUUCGAUUGCUGCAUCAGCCGAAGCUGAUAGGAAUGCUAUGAGAUUGAGGGAGAAAGAAUUGGCUGCUGUUAAGAUCAACGCUGCUGAUGUUGACAUAAUUGCCAAUGAACUAGAGUUGGAUAAGAAGGUCGCAGAGAGAACCUUAAGGGAGCACAAAGGUGAUGCUGUUGCUGCAAUUCAACAUCUUCUUCGCUAAAAAUACCAUUGUGAUAAAAUUGCUGGGUUUGAAAUUCUGUUGAAUAUUAAACCUUUGGAAUGUGAACAAAACAAGAAAGUCCAAUUUUUAUCCACAGAAUUAUUGUAACCAUUUGUAAUUCUUGAAGCAGGUCAUAUAGCGUAUCCCUUGUGCCUGA